GCCUCAGCAGUGGGGGUGGCCCCUCAGCCUUGAGCAGCCAUGUCCAACCCCAGUGCACCCCCUCCGUAUGAUGACCGAAACCCUCUGUACCCCGGCUCUCCACCACAGGGGGGCUAUGGGCAGCCUGGUGGGUACCCUCCCUACCCUGCCUACCCCCAGCCUGGCUACGGUCACCCUGCUGGCUACCCACAGCCGAUGCCCCCCAUCCAUCCGAUGCCCAUGAACUACGGCCCAGGCUACGAUGGGGAGCGAGCAGUGAGCGACAGCUUUGGGCCUGGAGAGUGGGACGACAGGAAGGUCCGACACACCUUCAUCCGAAAGGUUUACACCAUCAUCUCCAUCCAGCUGCUCAUCACAGUGGCCAUCAUCGCUGUCUUCACCUUUGUGAAACCGGUCGGCGAGUUUGUGAGGAGAAACGUGGCCGUGUACUAUGCAUCCUAUGCUGUCUUCAUAGUCACCUACAUGACCCUCGCCUGCUGCCAGGGACCCAGGCGCCGUUUCCCAUGGAACAUCAUUCUGCUGACCAUCUUUACUCUGGCCAUGGGCUUCAUGACGGGCACCAUUUCCAGUAUGUAUAACACGAAAGCUGUCAUCAUCGCCAUGAUCAUCACUGCGGUGGUGUCCAUCUCAGUCACCAUCUUCUGCUUCCAGACCAAGGUCGACUUCACCUCGUGCACAGGUCUCUUCUGUGUCCUGGGGAUUGUGAUGAUGGUGACGGGGAUUGUCACUGCCAUUGUGCUGUCCUUCAAGUAUAUUUACUGGCUCCACAUGGUCUAUGCUGCUCUGGGGGCCAUUUGCUUCACCUUGUUCCUGGCGUACGACACGCAGCUGGUCCUGGGGAACCGGAAGCACACCAUCAGCCCGGAGGACUAUAUCACUGGCGCCCUGCAGAUCUACACGGACAUCAUCUACAUCUUCACCUUUGUGCUGCAGCUGCUGGGGGAUCGCAAUUAAGGAGCACCCCAAUCUGCACCACCUUGGGCUCUCCCUUCCCUGGGGGGCUGGGCCCUACCCCUGGGGUCUGGGUUUCAGACCCUCCUCCUUCCCUUCAUGUAAAACACCCCAUUUCCUUUCUGUCCUGGCAUGGGUGACCUCUGGCUGUAGGUGUGCAGGGACCCGGCAGGGGCUAAGCACCUGCCUCCCUCGCCUUGGGCAGGGGAGGCUGAAGAUGUGCCUUCUCCCUCACCACCACAUGACACUAGAUUCUUCUGAAUCGCUGGGGUUGGAAGGGGAGGGAUAAAAAGCAUAUUCUACUGCUAAAAGGGAUUAUGAGUGGUAGAAGUGAAUUCAAGAGGGUGAGGCUUCCACCUCCGACAGGCUUUGGCCUCGGGAGCUAGAGCUAUUUCCCCUCGCAACCCCCAGCUAAAGCAGAGCACGCUGUCCCCCGCCUCAUGGGUAGGCCGCUAGCCUGUACUUCUUUGGCAACCCGUGGUGCCUUCCAAGCUCAGGAAGGUGGACAAGCUCAGUGCCCGUGGGCCUCCCUUGCUUCAGCCCCAUCUUCUUUCAGUGGCAUGUAUAUAUUCUUUAUUGGGGUGAGAGGUAGGGAGGAAGAGCAGAGUGAGCAUGGUCAACAGAGGGGCCCAGCAGUACUAGCCUGGGCCUCCUCGUGGCUGGGGACAGGGCAGUGCAAACCCUAUGCAGCCAUCUGGUUCCCAUUCUUCAAAGCUGCUGGGGCCUCCUGGGUACGGCUGAGAUUUUUGCUCAGAGGGAUCGCUUGCUUCCUGGACUCAGGGGCAGAGAUCAGGAGGGGGGUGCUGUGCAGGCUCCUAAGGGUGGCCAGGAAGUAGCCAUGUGAAGACACACUAAGGGUAGAGGCAGGGGAGAUGCUUUGCGCUCCCCAGACCCAGUCUCAGCUGCUGUGGUGGCCACGGAAGCUUCUGUAUGCUUCCCUUCUGCUCGCUGGGGGAGGGCCCUGAGAAGGAGACUUCCUGUCUGUUAACUCAUGCUGGGAUGUUGAGAAGUGAGCCCCAUCUCUCCCACCAGCUACCACUUCCUUUGUGACACCAAGUGCCUCGAGCUGGAGUGGGGGAAGGUAGACAAGGGUCUCUGUCGGGUUAGGAUGGAAACCAGAUCAGCCUAAGGGUAUGGUUAGGACUUCUCUAGUAAGUACCUGAACCUAAAUACAUCAUGCAAAAAGGCCAUAACUAGAAAAGUAAUAAAUAAAGUUUUAUGUUCAGAAGUUAAAA